AUCCAAGUUCAGUCGUUAUCAUAACAUAACUGAAAACGAGUUAUUAUUGUUCGCGCGUGAAAUACACAGAACUAGUAUAUUGUGAAGAAACUUGAAUCUAUUUGAUACAUUUUAGACAUCAACGUGAAUCAUGAUUAUAACAAUAUUGUUGGUGUUGAUUUUAUAUGUAAUAUUGUAUGAUUAUUAUGUGCAUCAUAAACGAAGUGGGCGACUUAUUCGCCUUAUACCAGGUCCACCAAGUGUUCCGAUUUUCGGUUCGGCACUUUUAUUUCAAUGUUCACCACGAAAUAUAUGGAUACUUUUGCGUUCUUUUGUCGACACCAAUCCCGUUCUAAAACUCUGGAUAGGUCCUGAAUGUACUAUAUUCAUUCGUCAUCCAGAUGAUUUGGAGAAAGUUUUAAGCAGUACGAAACAUAAUGAAAAAAGUAGAGUGUACAUCCCGUUACGUCCAUGGCUUAACGAUGGUCUUCUUACAAGCAAAGGAAACAAAUGGCACACUCGACGAAAACUACUUACGCCUGCAUUUCAUUUUAAUAUACUACGGCACUUUGCUGAUGUUUUGAUUGAAGAGGGAAACCAUAUGACAAAAUCUCUGAAAGAAAGUGAAGAAACAGUUAUACAAGAUUUAGUUUCAUUUGUUAGCGAGCAUACACUAAACGCAAUAUGCGAAACCGUUAUGGGUAUUUCUUUGCGUAGUCUUGACACGUUUGAGAAACAGUAUCGGAAAGCAGUACAUGAUAUAGGUGAUCUUGUGAUACACAGAAUCUUCUCUCCGUGGCUGUUUCCCGAUUUGAUGUUCGCAUUAUCUCCAACAAAUAGAAAGCAAACUAAGUUGUUAAAGAUAUUACAUGGAUUUACUGAAAAAAUCAUUAGGGAAAGAAAACUUUAUCACGAACGCACAGAGGAUCGAUAUUUAAAAAGCACUGAAAGUAACACAUUGACAGAAACAGAUGACGCAGAAGUGAUCGGAAUUCGUAAAAAGCGACUCGCUAUGUUGGAUCUUCUAAUAGCGGCAUCUCGAGAAAAUGAUAUAACCGAUUUGGACAUCAGAGAGGAAGUUGACACCUUCAUGGCCGAGGGUCACGAUACUACGGCAAUGGGUGUGUGUUUUGCUUUACUAUUAUUAGCUGAGCACAAGGAUAUUCAGGAUCGUGUCAGGACUGAAGUUAAUGAUGUGAUGGAAGAAACUAAAGGAAAUUUGACUAUGGCGUCUUUACAAAAGCUACCGUACUUAGAGAGAUGCUUGAAAGAAGCGCUGCGAUUAUAUCCCAGUGUGCCUACCAUAUCACGCACUCUUGCAGAAGAUAUAAAAUGUCAGUCGUACAUAGUGCCGGCUAAUGUAUACGUGACUAUUGAUAUCUACGCCGUCCACAGAGAUCCUAAUUUCUGGCCGAAUCCGGAUGUAUUCGAUCCGGAUCGAUUUUUGCCCGACCAAGUGCAAAAUCGUCAUCCUUAUUGCUACAUACCGUUUAGUGCGGGACCGCGAAAUUGCAUAGGUCAACGGUUUGCUAUGUACGAAUUGAAAGCUAUGAUCGCACCUCUGGUACAUCACUUUUACCUGGAGCCUGUUGAUUACUUGAGAAAUGUUCAGUUAAAGAUGGAUAUGAUAAUUCGUCCUGCUCAUCCAGUUCGUGUAAAAUUUGUGCCGAUCAAAAAAAAACAAUGAAAUUAAAAUAAAAACAGAAAUGAUAUA